UUUAGGUACAGUAAGGCAAACAAGAAAGAAAGCAUCCGUAGCGCACAAUCCCGUGCGAUCCUUUGUUUCCCACGCACAGGCACUCUUGCAAUACAGCUAGCUAGCUGGCUACAGUACCGUAGUAAGCUUGCGUUCUAUCGAGUUCGGUCUCCGCAAGCCACAGAGUUCCCUGCCAGCAGCCCAAAGCGUUCCGUCCCAUACACUCCAAAGACAGAGCAAGAUGAUCCACCCUCGAUCGCUUUUCGUCGGCCUGGCCCUCGCCUGCCACUCGCUCGGGUGGGUGCCCCUUCUCUGGGCGUUCCGGGCGCCCUUGUACCGCGGGCCGCGGGGCAGGAUCGCCGGAGCGACAGCGGCCCGGCGGUCCGCGCUUCUGGCCUCCUCGGGAGGCAGCGACCGGGAGGCGGAGCCACCGGCGCCGGAGUCCACCGUGGAAGGCCAGGGCAGCGAGACCGCGGAGAACCCACCGCUCGUGCCACCGGGGCAACCCCAGGUGCCAGACACGCGGUCCCGAGCUCCAGCGACCCGGCCGGGCCCGACUCCGAUGGAUCUCAUGGCGGCGAUGGGCACCAGCCCGCGGAGGAUUUUUACGUCCUUUGUCUCGGCCACCGGGAUUGCGCUGGGCGGAAAUUUUCUGGGCGUGACAAGCCGCCUCCUGGCCGGGAUUCCCGAGGAACGGGUCGAGGCCACCGGGAUCGAUACAUACUUUCCACGGGGCGAGUACAAGCGGUGCCGGACGCCGGAAUACACUUUUGUGAUACCGAAAGAAUGGGUGGCCGACACGUACGUCGAGCUCGCCAAGGCCCAGCGAAGGGUCCAGCCACUUGACUACUCGAUGCAGAGAAGCGGCGGCCCCGGGAAAAUCACCACCCUUCCCGACUCCGCCUAUGGCCCCCCGGGCCGGUUCAACCAACAGGGCGUUUCGCAAGCGGGCGACACGAACGUGUCGGUGAUCGUCUCCUCCGGCUUUUCGGGGUUUACGCUCCGGGGGUCGCUCGGGACGCCCGCCGAUGCGGCCGAGACCCUCCUCUCGCGAUCGAUCGCCCCGGAGGGGAGCGGCCGGACCGCCACCCUGCUGCGCUCGGUCGGGGACGGGGGGGACCGGACCUACGCCUUCGAGUACCUGCUGGACCGCGGGACGAGGGGACCGCCCCUCCGGAACAUUGCGGUCGUCGCGGCGUCACCCGAAGGCGACAAGCUCUAUACCCUGACGGUGGUCGCCCCCGCGGAGCGGUGGAAGGACGACGGCUACGACGCGAAGCUCCGAAAGAUCGCGGACAGCUUCCACCUCCGCUGAUUCGAUUCGAUUCCGUGCGAGGCGACGCGACGCGAMGUGAACGGAAACGCGCUCGAGGGGACACAGGCCGGAUGGGACGAUGUGUUUUUUGUGGCGACGGAACAACACCGGCAGGCAGGCAAGCAACCAUGUUCACCGGACGCCUCGUUUCCGAUGGGCACCCGUUAAUGGAUUCGUCUACGAAACACAUUCUUGCGUUUGGAAUUUGGAAGGGAUGAUCUAGAAUUUGGGCCUUUUGGGGUCGUGGGCAAUGCAACUUUUCGAAAUGGGAUGUGUUUGUGGGCAGAACAGGGCACUAGUUGGAUGUUACAGAUAAAGUCACAAGACAGUG